AUGACAAAGCUACUUCCUACUAGCUGGCCCGGUCAGGUUUGCAAUAUUUGGGGCUGUUCCGCAUCAUCAUUACUCACCUACCUGAUCUCAGUCAGUCUCUUGUAUACCAUAGCUCUGGGUCUUUACCGCCUAACCCUCCAUCCCCUUGCCAGGUUCCCUGGACCCAAAAUUACCGCAUUCACAGGAUGGUACGAGUUUUACGUCGACGUGAUCCUACGCCACCUCAGCAGUGCCAGCGCCAGCAACGCCCUGGGGGAGGCGGCAAUCAUAACGACGUUUAGUCUGGAGAUCCAGCGCAUGCAUGCCUGCUAUGGGCCCAUCGUGCGUAUCAACCCCCAUGAGCUGCACGUAAGCGACCCGGAGUUCUUUCCCAUGCUGUACGCCGGAGGCUCUGCACAGCGCGACAAGUACGCUCCCACUGCCUACGUGCAAGGCGUACCCCGGGCCAUGUUUGGCACGCUGGGACACGACAUGCACCGCCGCCGGCGCGGCGCCGUGGCCAAUUAUUUCUCGCGCCAAGCCAUCAUCGGGAAGUUGGACCUGGUGCAGCGCAAGGCCGAGCUUUUCUGCGAAGUCUUUGAGAAGGCCAGGCGCGACGGCGUGCCCAUCAAUGUCCGGGUGCCCGUGCUGGCGUACUCGACGGAUCUGGUCUGCGCCAUUGUAUUGCCCGAGUUCGGUGAGAUGAAUCUUCUCAUCAACUGGGACCGUGCUGUGGAUUGGCGGCGGAAUAUUGUACAAUUGCUGUAUAUGACGCCUGUAGUUAGGCAGCUCUACUGGCUAAUGCCCCAUGUAUUGAAGUUGCCUCUCCAUCUUGUCCAAGUGAUCUCGCCGGGACUUGGCCGAGUGCUGAGUAUCCACAAGGACAUGCAGGCCCAGAGCAGGUCUGAGACUCGCCGUUAUGAGAAAGAGAAAGACGCCUCUAGUAGAGACUCAAAGAACCUUUACUUCACGAUACUUUCGUCAGAUCUGACGGCACUGGAUAAAACCUCCGACCGGAUGGCCGAGGAAUCUUUCGCACUUCUCACAGGGGGUGGGGACACGGUAGGCCGUACGAUGACUACUGCGAUAUACCACCUGCUCGCCAACCCGCCACAUCUUAAGCGGCUGAGGCAAGAGCUUGAGACCGUGAUGCCUCGUCCCAACUCAGAGGUGGGACUCGCGGAACUCGAGCAGCUCCAAUGGUUUACGGCCGUGCUCAAGGAAUCCUUGCGGAUCGCAGCCCUCAUCACAUCUAGGGCACCAUUAAUAGCACCGACAGAAUGGCUGCGGUACAAGGACUGGGCCAUACCCCCAAAUACACCUGUGAGCAUGACACUUGCAGAGCUUAUGAUGGACGCCGCGACGUUUCCGAGUCCGGCAAGCUUCGACCCGACACGUUGGCUUCCAUCAAACCCAAACCUUGCCGAAAACAACCGUCAUUUCGUGCCAUUUCAUCGAGGCCACAGAAACUGCAUCGGAAUGAAUCUUGCUUGGGCAGAGAUGUACAUAGGCCUGGCGAAGGUAUUCCGGCGGUUCGACCUCGAGCUCUACGACGUGAUUCGGGAGAGGGACGUCGACCACGCUGUAGAUUGUUUUCUCAGUGAACCCAGGAAUGAUUCCAAAGGAGUGAGAGUCCAUGUAUUCCCACGCAAGCAUUGA